AUGGACACAUCGCAGUAUCAAGCAAUUCUUCAUAACCCCAUCUACUUCCUGUCGCAAAUCCAUCAUUUGCCAAGGUCUCCCUCUAUCCGCGAAAGCCGCUCCGGGAUGCUCAGACAAAGCGCCUGCUCUGAUCUCCAGCAGGUUGCAUUGCCUGUCAGAUAA